CUAAAGUCGAACAUGCACGAAAACAAUCGCUCCUUAAUAAAGUAAAGAGCGAUUCGAAGCUUAACCCUUGAACCCACCGUUCCUUGCGAGCCUUCAACCUACAACUAAACAGCUUUCCCUACCAUAAUGGUCCCUGUUGAGUCGAUAGAGCCUACCACUGCCUCAUUUAAGGAACAAGUCGAGUCAAAGCCUUCUCUUUUAUCCAAAUGGAUAGAAUUUGCCACAAACGCAACUCUCCAUGGGUUACGAUAUGUCGUCCAAUCUUCAAUACCAAGUCACAGACGAAUGGCGUGGGCACUUUUACUCUUUGCGGCCUCAGGGUCAGAUUUUGGUCUAGCCAUUGCUCUCGACGUUCAAACCAAUGAGUCCACCUUCAGUAGUUCUUCAAGUGGCUUAGCUAUCAUUGUACAUGACCAGGACACCUAUGUAAACUAUCAUUCUGCGUUUAAAGUCCAGCCCGGCGCACAUGCGUCUGUCGCAGUCAAGUUAACCCAGUACAAAAGACUCCCAAAGCCCUAUAGAACAAAUUGCAGCGAAGUGGAUAGUUUGGCAGGGAUCAAGUCAUACACGAAGGAUGGCUGCAUCUAUCAGUGUCAGUCAAAUCACAGUAUGGAUAAAUGCGGAUGCCGAGAAGAUUAUACUUUACCAGGUUGUAUAAAUUAA